AUGAGAGAAAUCGUCACUAGUGAAACCCCAAAGAAGAUCAGUGGUAUUCAAUUUAGUGCACUAAGUGCAGCUGAUAUUGUUGCCCAAUCUGAGGUUGAAAUAUCUUCUCGUGAUUUAUUCGAUUUAGAAAAAGGACGUGAACAAAAGAAAGGUGGUGCUUUAGACCCAAAGAUGGGUGUUUCUUCAUCAAGUUUAGAAUGUACUACCUGUCAUGGUAAUUUAGCGUCAUGUCAUGGUCAUUUUGGUCAUAUUAAAUUGGCUUUACCUGUAUUUCAUGUUGGUUAUUUUAAAGCUACAAUUCAGAUCUUACAAGGUAUUUGUAAAAAUUGUUCAGCUGUUUUACUUUCUGAUAAAGAUAAAAGACAAUUCUUAAGUGAAUUAAGACGCCCAGGUGUAGAUAAUUUAAGAAGAAUGGCUAUAUUAAAGAAAGUAUUGGAUCAAUGUAAAAAACAAAGAAGAUGUCUACAUUGUGGUUCAUUGAAUGGUGUUGUCAAAAAAGCUGCAGCCGGAGCAGGUUCUGCUGCGUUAAAGAUUAUUCAUGAUACAUUCAGAUGGGUUGGUAAGAAAUCAGCUCCAGAAAAAGAUCAAUGGGUUGGAGAUUGGGAUGAAGUUUUAUCUCAUCAUCCAGAAUUAGAACGUUUUAUGAAACGUUGUUCAGAUGAUUUGAAUCCUUUAAAGACUUUAACAUUAUUUAAACAAAUAAAAUCUGAAGAUUGUGAAUUGUUAGGUAUUGAUGCAACAGUGAAAUCUGGUAGACCAGAGACUUAUAUCUGGAGAUAUUUACCAGCUCCACCGGUUUGUAUUAGACCAUCUGUUAUGAUGCAAGAUUCACCAGGUUCUAAUGAAGAUGAUUUGACUGUUAAAUUGAAUGAAAUCGUAUGGACCUCUUCUCUAAUUAAAGCAGGUUUGGAAAAAGGUAUCUCCAUUAAUAAUAUGAUGGAACAUUGGGAUUAUUUACAAUUAACUGUCGCCAUGUAUAUUAAUUCUGAUUCUGUCAACCCAGCAAUGAUGCCAGGUGCUUCAAGUGGUGGUAGUAAAGUUAAACCAAUUAGAGGUUUCUGUCAACGUUUAAAGGGUAAACAAGGUAGGUUUAGAGGUAAUUUAUCAGGUAAGCGUGUGGAUUUUUCAGGUAGAACAGUUAUUUCUCCAGAUCCAAAUUUAUCUAUUGAUGAAGUUGCUGUCCCAGAUAGAGUUGCCAAAGUAUUAACAUUCCCAGAGAAGGUCACUAUGUAUAACAAAAGAAGAUUACAACAAUUAAUCUUAAAUGGUCCAAAUGUUCAUCCAGGUGCUAACUAUUUAUUGAAGAAAGAUGAAGAAGCUAGAAGAAAUUUACGUUAUGGUGAUCGUUUGAAAUUGGCCAAGAAUUUGAGAUAUGGGGAUGUUGUAGAGAGACAUUUGGAAGAUGGUGAUGUCGUUCUAUUUAAUAGACAACCAUCUUUGCAUAGACUUUCUAUUUUAUCACAUUACGCUAAGAUUCGUCCAUGGAGAACCUUUAGAUUGAACGAAUGUGUAUGUACUCCAUAUAAUGCCGAUUUUGAUGGUGAUGAAAUGAAUUUACAUGUUCCACAAACAGAAGAAGCAAGAGCUGAGGCCAUCAACUUGAUGGGUGUUAAAAAUAAUUUAUUGACGCCGAAAUCCGGUGAACCUAUUAUUGCCGCUACGCAAGAUUUUAUUACUGGGUCUUAUCUGAUAUCUCACAAGGAUUCAUUCUUUAAUAGAGCAUCUUUAACCCAACUGUUGUCUAUGAUGUCAGAUGGUAAUAUGCAAUUCGAUAUUCCACCACCAGCGAUUAUGAAGCCACAUUAUUUAUGGACUGGUAAACAAGUCUUUUCACUAUUAAUUAGACCUUGUCACAAAUCUCCAGUUGUUAUUAAUCUUGAUGCUAAGAAUAAGGUUUUUAUCCCGCCAAAGCAUCAAGAUCUACCAAACGAAAUGUCUCAAAAUGAUGGGUUCGUAAUCAUUAGAGGUUCUAAUAUUUUGAGUGGUGUGAUGGAUAAGUCUGUUCUGGGUGAUGGUAAGAAGCAUUCUGUUUUCUAUACAAUUCUUCGUGAUUACGGUCCACAAGAAGCUGCAGAUGCAAUGAAUAGAAUGGCCAAACUUUGUGCAAGAUAUCUAGGUAAUAGAGGUUUCUCUAUUGGUAUCAAUGAUGUUACACCAGCUGAUGAUUUGAAACAAAAGAAGGAAGAAUUAGUCGAAAUAGCAUAUGCCAAGUGUGAUGAAUUGAUUGAUCUAUAUCAUAAAGGGAAAUUGGAAACGCAACCUGGUUGUAAUGAAGAACAAACCUUAGAAGCAAAGAUUGGUGGUCUGUUAUCGAAGGUUAGAGAAGAAGUUGGUGAUGUCUGUAUUAAUGAACUAGAUAAUUUGAAUGCUCCAUUGAUUAUGGCGACAUGUGGUUCUAAGGGUUCUACACUGAAUGUUUCCCAGAUGGUUGCUGUUGUUGGUCAACAAAUUAUAUCUGGUAAUCGUGUUCCUGAUGGUUUCGAAGACCGUUCCUUACCUCAUUUCCAAAAGAAUUCGAAGACUCCACAAUCUAAGGGUUUUGUAAGAAACUCUUUCUAUUCCGGUUUAUCACCUCCUGAAUUUUUAUUCCACGCUAUUUCUGGUCGUGAAGGUUUGGUUGACACUGCGGUUAAAACUGCCGAGACGGGUUAUAUGUCUCGUAGAUUGAUGAAAUCCUUGGAAGAUUUGUCAUGUCAAUAUGAUAACACUGUUAGAACAUCGUCCAAUGGUAUUGUUCAAUUCACAUAUGGUGGUGAUGGUUUAGAUCCACUAGAAAUGGAAGGUAAUGCUAAACCUGUUAAUUUCGUUAGAUCAUGGGACCAUUCCUUAAAUAUCUCUUUCAAUGAUGAAGAAGUUGGUUUAUUACCAUAUCAGAUUAGACAAGUCACGGACAAUAUAUUGAGUCCUCUUGAAAAUAAACUGAUUAGAUAUGAUAAUGUUGGUCAAUUGGUUUCUAAGGAGAAGCAAGAUGAUGAUGCUUAUGUUGAUCAAAAUGAUGCUGAAAGAAAUUUCUAUACUUCUAUUAGAGACUUUAUAGAAGAGAAAUCUGUUAAACUUGCUAAUGUAAGAAAGACAAGAGGCAUGUUAGAGAUGUUAGCUGAACCUGCAAUUGAAAUGCAAAGUAUGGAUCCAGAUGAAACGGUUCCAGAAACAAUUAAAAAUUCAGUAAAUCAACUGUUCAAAAUUACUGAAUCAUCCGUUAAAACAUUCUUAAACAUUGCACUAUUAAAGUACCGUAAGGCGAGAGUUGAACCAGGUACAGCCGUUGGGGCUAUUGGUGCGCAAUCUAUUGGUGAACCUGGUACACAAAUGACGUUGAAGACUUUCCAUUUUGCUGGUGUUGCUUCUAUGAAUGUUACAUUAGGUGUUCCUCGUAUUAAGGAAAUUAUUAAUGCUUCUAAAGUAAUUUCUACUCCUAUCAUUAACGCAGUACUUGUAAACAAAGAUGAUGAAAGAGCUGCAAGAGUGGUUAAGGGAAGAGUGGAAAAAACGUUACUGUCUGAUAUUGCUUUUUACAUAGAAGAUGUUUACAUUAAUAACCAAGCAUAUCUUCAAAUCCGUAUUGAUUUGGGUACUAUUGAAAAAUUACAAUUGGAAUUAACCCUAGAGGACAUUGUUGUUGCUAUUGCACGUGCUCCAAAACUGAAGAUUCACCUUUCAAGUAUUGAAGUACAACUUCCAGAUAAGGUUCGUGUCAAGGUGGACUCUGAUACUGGGAAACCAAAGACAGCUGCUGCAUCACUUAAGGAACCAUUGGAAAAUGCUUUGUUUUACAGAAUGCAACAACUUCGUCGUGCUUUGCCUGAAAUUGUUGUCAAGGGUCUGCCUGAGAUUGCUAGAGCUGUUAUUAAUAUCCGUGAUGAUGGUAAAAGAGAAUUGCUUGUUGAAGGUUAUGGUUUGCGUGAUGUGAUGUGUACUGAUGGUGUCAUUGGUUCUAAAACGACUACUAAUCAUGUUUUGGAAGUUAAUAGUGUUCUAGGUAUUGAGGCUGCAAGAUCGAGUAUCAUUGGAGAAAUUGAUUAUACUAUGAGUAAUCACGGUAUGAGUGUUGAUCCGCGUCACAUUCAAUUGCUUGGUGACGUCAUGACAUAUAAGGGUGAAGUUCUAGGUAUUACAAGAUUUGGUCUAAGUAAAAUGAGAGACUCAGUUCUUCAACUAGCAUCUUUUGAAAAGACUACGGAUCAUUUGUUCGAUGCUGCAUUCUAUAUGAAACGUGACGCCGUGGAAGGUGUUUCUGAAUGUAUCAUUUUAGGUCAAACUAUGUCUAUUGGUACUGGUUCUUUUAAAGUCAUCAAAAGCACAGAUGUUUCUAAAAAUGAUCUUAUCCCAAAACCAACUCUUUUUGAGUCAUUAUCAAAUGAAACCAUUCUUAAGGUUCAUUAA